GUGCUCAGCGCAACGGCGAUUAGGUUCUGGUUUUUUGUUUUUUUUUUUCUACUAAUAAGCGAAAGGAUCUGGGUUAAAAUGAUGGAGUUUAUGGAGGAUAAGUUUGCCUUGAAAAACCAAACGAUGAAGGCCAGCGAUUACUACAUGGACCAGGUGAUGGAGAGUCUGGACAGCGGGCAGUACUUCAGUAAGUCUGCGGCCAAAUGCGCGCAGGCCUUCGGGCUCCAGAGCGCCGAGCACCGGUCCUCCCCCUGCGGAGAGCAGAGCGGCAGUUUCGUGGUGCCUAAAGCAGAUGCUGAAGGCCUCCACUCGGACCUGGGCCGCUCCUUGGACAGCUGCUGCACUUUACGCGCGUCCCCGGUGAGCGCGACCCCGGACAAGACGGACCUGGAGGAUCUGGGGGGGGACAAGUGUGACAGUAAUGUGUCCAGCAGCAAGAAGAGGAGACACCGGACCACGUUCACCAGCGCACAGCUGGAGGAGCUGGAGAAGGUGUUCCAGAAAACCCACUACCCAGAUGUGUACGUGCGCGAGCAGCUGGCCAUGAGGACCGAGCUGACGGAGGCGCGAGUACAGGUUUGGUUUCAGAACAGAAGAGCCAAGUGGAGGAAAAGAGAGCGCUACGGACAGAUCCAACAGGCCAAAAGCCACUUCGCAACCACAUACGAUUUAUCGGUUUUACCCAGGACCGACAGCUACACACAGAUUCCCAAUAACCUGUGGGCGGGGCCUGCGCCCGGCAGCUCCAUGGUGUCGUCGUGCAUGCUGCCCCGCGGUUCGCCGCCAUGCGUCACCUCCUACUCCCACUCCCCCCGCUCCGCCGCCGGUGCCGCCGACCACGGCUACAUGAGCUUCCCCAACCAGCAGAACCAGUUCAGCCACGUCUCCCUCAACAACUUCUUCGGCGCCGACUCCCUCCUGACGCCGGGCGCCAACGGGCACCACGCCUUCGAGACCAAACCCGAGUUCGAGAGGCGUUCGUCCAGCAUCGCCGUGCUCCGCAUGAAGGCCAAGGAGCACACGGCCAACAUCUCCUGGGCCAUGUGA